UGUCUCUGACUUCUACUUAGCAUAAUGUUUCAAGGUUCAUCCACAAUGUAGCAUAUAAUUCACUUUUAAGACAGUAGUUUGCUACAAAUUUAUAAACUUUCAUACAUAAUAUGUAAUUUUUAUCUUUUUUCUUCAAAAUUGAAUUUAUGGUUGAUUAAGCCUAGGAAGCCUCAAUUUGCUAAAGGUUUCCCUUUUUAGGACAUAAAUAAUUUUUAUCUUUUUCUCAGUUGUAUCAAUCUUGAGACCUUGGCCUUCUAAUACCAAUAUAAACAGUUCCAAUUUAACAUUUUCACUUGUGCUAAUGAAAUAAGGACAAUACAAUAUUUAAUAAUUAUGAAGGCAAACUGCUGAAUAGCCAGAGAUACCAAAUUUACUGAAAUUAAACUAUUCACUGAUAGCGCCAUAGCACUGGAGCCUGAAAUGUUCAUUUUCAGCCACUGUAUGAAAUUCUGAAUUCAAAGUACGGAAAGUAGUUUUGAAGGGAGACUUAAAGAAUAAUGCGUAACAUUCUGAGUCCUUGGAAAGCCAAAAGUAUGAAAGCUGACUACUGCCUAAGAAAAAUUUCAGCUAUCUGAGAAUUCUACUUAUGUGAAGAGUUCAAUUUCUGUAAUGAUUACAGGUAAUUAUGUUUUAAUAGGAAAUAGAAAAGUGCUGUUUCAUACAGUAGUUGUAUCCCAAGUUUCGAUUGUUUUCCAGUUGUAGACCUCAUGCUGGCUAUUUUCAGUGUUCAUUUGCCAGUUUGGCAAAAAGAAACAGUCAGCUGCUGCCUUUUGCAGCUAUUUUCAUUUCUUUCUUUCUAAAUGCAGCAUCCUUUUCCACACUGUGAAAGCUAUGUAGUUAUAAAAAGUAUCCAAGAGGAGCCAGAAUAUGUUAGAUUAUCUCCUUUUCCUUGGUUACUGAGAAACUUCAGGCAGCUAAACUGCUACGUAGAUUUUUUUUUUUUAAAUUACUACUGUGAUAAUACUUUUGUGUUUAUAUAGCCAUUUUAUUUUGAAUGCUGCCAUAUUAAGAUAUUGGAAUAAUAGCAAAGUGAAUUUGUAUUCUGGAAUGCAUAUUAUUGGGAAGGUACUUUCUUUGUUAAGAUUUUUCUCAGUUCAAGUCAGAAAAUUGUCAAAUACCAUGAGUUUUCCUGUAGACUGUGGAUGUUCGUGAACUUCCAGAAAGCCACCAAGAGUAAAGCCAUACUUGACUUCAGCGUAAUGUGCAAUCUGGCAAGUUAAACCCCAACCAAAUCUCUUGAGCCGUACUUCAUUUUUAGCAACAUUUUAGACUAAGACCUCUUUGCUUCUCCCCCUAAACACACAUGUAAUGUUUAUUUAGGUGUUUUUUGUUUUGUUUUUGCAUAUACUCACAGUGUAUGGGAGUGCUUCCUAGCUUGGCACGCAUCAAGUCUAUGUCCCUUUGUAAGUGUAGUUACAUAGGAGAGAUCUUUGUUAAUAUUGACAGUGAGCUAGGAAAAUAACGAAGAUAGAUACAAGCUUUUUCUAGAAUAUAGUUGAAAAAGUACAUAGUUCUUUAAUUUGCCAAAGGUCAGACACCUAAUAAAUGAUAAAGAAAAUCUAGCUAUGGAAAAAUAACUACCAAUUAUUUGUUAUUCUUGAUACAGAACAUAGAGUUGGUGACAUUUUCCUCAAGGUUUCACUGUUUGUUUGUUUUACAGAGAAUGAGUAUCAAGUUAUUUGAAGGCUCAACUGAUGCUUUACCAGUUGCUUGCAGAUCCUGAUAGAGGAAGGGAGCUAAAAUUAAUUGAAUAUCUAUUAUAUGCCAAGCACUGUAUUUGGUACUUUACCUAUGUAAUAGUGACAAUUCUUCAAGGUAGGCGGCCUUAUCCCCAUUUUACAGAAUGUGAAACAUGUUGCAGAAGUAUUCAUGAAGUGGCUGAAGAGGGAGGGCAAAAAGUGCCACUGCCUAUCAGAAAACAAAACAAAACAUGGGAAAUACAACCACCAAAUUCCGUAAAGCACUCAUCAAUGGUGAUGAAAACCUGGCCUGCCAAAUAUAUGAAAACAACCCUCAGCUAAAAGAAUCCCUUGAUCCAAACACAUCUUAUGGGGAGCCCUACCAGCACAAUACACCAUUACAUUAUGCUGCUAGACAUGGAAUGAAUAGGAUAUUAGGGACUUUUCUUUUUGGUAGAGAUGGAAAUCCGAAUAAACGGAAUGUGCACAAUGAAACAUCUAUGCAUUUGUUGUGUAUGGGACCUCAAAUUAUGAUAUCUGAAGGAGCCCUUCAUCCUCGCUUAGCACGCCCUGCUGAAGAUGAUUUCAGAAGAGCAGAUUGUCUGCAGAUGAUCUUGAGAUGGAAAGGAGCAAAACUUGACCAAGGGGAAUAUGAGAGAGCCGCUAUUGAUGCCGUUGAUAACAAAAAAAACACACCCCUGCACUAUGCUGCUGCCUCAGGGAUGAAAACCUGUGUAGAGGUAAAACUUUUUUUUUACUGGGACAGGGAGAAGUUACUUGAAGCUUGGAUGUCCAACCCAGAGAACUGCUGCCAGCGAUCAGGUGUUCAAAUGCCAACUCCACCGCCAACUGGGUAUAAUGCAUGGGACACGCUCCCUUCUCCAAGAACUCCAAGGACUACACGUUCUUCUGUCACCUCUCCGGAUGAGAUCAGUUUAUCUCCUGGGGAUUUGGACACAAGUUUGUGUGACAUUUGUAUGUGCAGUAUUUCUGUAUUUGAAGACCCAGUGGAUAUGCCCUGUGGACAUGACUUUUGUAGAGGAUGUUGGGAGUCGUUUUUGAAUCUGAAAAUUCAGGAAGGUGAAGCUCACAACAUUUUCUGCCCCGCAUAUGAUUGCUUCCAACUUGUGCCUGUGGAUAUCAUAGAAAGUGUAGUUUCUAAAGAGAUGGAUAAACGAUACCUACAGUUUGAUAUUAAGGCCUUUGUUGAAAAUAAUCCUGCCAUUAAAUGGUGUCCUACUCCCGGCUGUGAAAGAGCAGUCAGACUAACAAAACAAGGGUCAGGUACAUCUGGAUCUGAUACACUCAGCUUCCCGUUGCUGAGAGCACCUGCUGUGGAUUGCGGAAAAGGACACCUCUUCUGCUGGGAGUGCCUUGGUGAAGCACAUGAGCCUUGUGACUGCCCAACAUGGAAAAACUGGCUACAAAAAAUAACUGAAAUGAAACCAGAAGAACUUGUGGGAGUUAGUGAAGCUUAUGAGGAUGCUGCCAAUUGUCUCUGGUUGUUAACUAAUUCCAAGCCUUGUGCUAACUGUAAGUCUCCGAUACAGAAGAAUGAGGGCUGCAAUCACAUGCAGUGUGCUAAGUGCAAGUAUGACUUUUGCUGGAUUUGCCUAGAAGAAUGGAAAAAACACAGUUCUUCCACUGGAGGUUAUUACAGAUGUACUCGCUAUGAAGUGAUUCAGCAUGUGGAGGAGCAAUCCAAGGAAAUGACUGUGGAGGCUGAGAAAAAACACAAGCGAUUUCAGGAACUUGACAGAUUUAUGCACUAUUACACAAGAUUUAAAAACCAUGAGCAUAGCUAUCAGUUAGAACAACGCCUUCUUAAAACAGCUAAAGAAAAGAUGGAGCAGUUGAGUAGAGCUCUUAACGAAACUGAAGGAAGCUGUCCAGAUACAACUUUCAUUGAAGAUGCAGUUCACGUUCUCUUAAAAACUCGACGCAUUCUCAAGUGUUCUUACCCAUAUGGAUUUUUCUUAGAACCUAAAAGCACAAAGAAGGAAAUAUUUGAACUCAUGCAGACAGACCUAGAAAUGGUCACUGAAGACCUUGCUCAAAAAGUCAAUCGGCCUUACCUUCGCACACCCCGCCACAAGAUAAUCAAGGCGGCAUGCCUUGUACAGCAGAAGAGGCAGGAGUUCCUGGCCUCCGUGGCUCGGGGCGUGGCUCCUGCAGACUCACCAGAAGCUCCAAGGCGCAGCUUUGCUGGUGGAACAUGGGAUUGGGAAUAUUUAGGAUUUGCAUCACCUGAGGAAUAUGCUGAAUUUCAGUAUCGGAGGAGGCACAGACAGCAGCGCCGACGCGGAGACGUGCACAGUCUGCUCAGUGGUCCUCCAGACGCCGAUGAGCCAAGUGAAAGCACUUUAGAUACCCCAGAAGGUGGCAGCGGCCACAGACCUGGCGCCUCUGUGGUAAGUUCUGCGUCUGUGAGCGUGCCACACAGCUCUUCCCUGCGUGACUACGCCCCCGCCAGUCGCUCUGAAAACCAGGACUCUCUUCAGGCUCUGAGUUCUUUGGAUGAAGAUGAUCCCAAUAUACUUCUCGCAAUACAGUUAUCCCUGCAAGAGUCUGGGUUUGCCAUUGAUGAAGAAACUAGAGACUUUCUCAGUAAUGAAGCAUCCUUAGGAGCGAUAGGUACUUCUCUACCUUCCAGGCUGGACUCAGUCCCCAGGAAUACAGAUAACCCUCGGACUGCAUUGAGCAGCUCUGAGCUAUUGGAACUUGGUGACAGCCUCAUGAGACUAGGAGCAGAAAGUGAUCCGUUUUCAACUGACAUCCUUAGUUCACACCCUCUCAGUGAGGCAAGAAGUGAAUUCUAUCCCUCAUCCAGUGACCCUGACUCAGCUGGCCAGGACCCCAACAUCAAUGAUAAUCUUCUUGGCAAUAUCAUGGCUUGGUUUCACGACAUGAACCCUCAGAGUAUUGCCCUGAUUCCUCCAGCAACUACAGAAAUCAGUGCCGAUUCCCAGCUCCCCUGUGUCAAGGAUGGGUCAGAAGACGUGAGGGAUGUGGAACUGGUGCCGCCAGAGGAAGAUCCAGUUUUUGAAGAUGCUGUUGUAAGUGAAGGUAGAGGAACCCAGAGAGAAGAAAAUCUUCUGGAGGAAAAUAUUCUGGCUGGAGAAGCAGUGUCUCAAGCUGGCAACAGUGGUAAUGAGGCAGCCAACAAGGGGGAUGGUUCAGAUGUUUCAAGCCAAACACCUCAAACCUCAAGUGACUGGCUUGAACAAGUACAUUUAGUGUGAAUUGGACACCUUUGGGCUCUAGGUGAAUCGCAAGUACGGACAGUAUACUAGGUGGAAUGUGCUUUAUAGAGACUUUGAUCCACUUAAUUUCAACUCAGUUAGAAACCACAGACAUUAGGAUCAAAUAUGAAGGAAUUCCCUGGAAUGGUAGCUUCAUUUUAGAUUUUUGACCUUAGAGCGUAUUUCUUUUGUAUUUAAUUGGAUAGCUUUUCCCCUUUUUGCUGACUAAAAGAAGAGCAGAAGAGAAAGAGAAACACAAAUGGAAUAAAUAGGUUAUAUUCCACAUUCUAAGAAAAUGCCGCCCUCUGCUUAGCCUAAGGUUGGCAAUAAUUAAAUUGAACAUUUAAAUUAAAGGCUUACUCCCUAAUCCUUGGGUGAUUUAUCCUUUUAAAAAAAAGAAUUCUCUUCAUUUUAGAAGUUCUUGUUGACAGAUAAUAACAUUCAGCUCCUCAAUCUCUGUGCUCUUCUGUAACUUUCUGUCUGAGAGGUGUGAAUUGAGGUAACCAGUGCUGCUCUUUAGUGCUGCAUCUAACAGUGUAAUUAGUUUUAAUUUUCACAUGAAUCCACGGUUUCUUUUCGUGUCUGUUGACAGCUCUAUCGUGCCAAACUCCGACUGGUGCGCUGACUAACAAGGUGUUCAGGUGUGCAGUGUUCUAGAGUGCUCCAGAGCAGUUUUCAUCAUCCUUGGGAGUAAAAGGUGCCACUUGGUAGCAAUGAUAUUUUAGAAUUUAAUGGGCUUUUGUUGCCAUGGAGACUGCAUUUAAAUAAAUGUAGCCUGUAGCUUAAGUUAACUACACCUAAUGCUGCUGUUAAAAACAGUUUAUUUUAAUAUUAAAAUACAGUUGAUUAGCAACAGCGGUGCUGUAUUUAAAAAGACACUUUAUUGGAAGUGCAAUCAUAGUUCCUUGUUUUCACAAUUUUACAGUGCAUUCUAAUUACUAUUGGGUGCAAUUACUUUUAAUGGUAAGUGUUUUAUAAAAUAGAAAAAAGUGGAGUUUUCAUGAGUUAUAGUAAAUCCCACAAUUAUUUUAAAAAAAUUCAAUAAAACAUCUUGCGCAACAUGUUACCGUGCCUUUGCCUAACCUAAAUGGAUAGUUGCCAGUUAAAUAAGUAAGUAAUUCAAAUUUCACUGUCUCUUCUGAAGUAACUAUGCUAUGAAUUGCAAAGACCUCCAUAAAACCACCCAUGGCCUUGCCUUUACAGUAAAUAUAACAACUAAAUGUUCAAUUGGUUUGUUUGCCUAAAUAGCAAAUGCUGAGAUGUGUUUGUUCUAUUGCACAAUACUCAUUUGCUGUGUGAGUACUGUUUAGUGUUAAAAAAAAAAAACAACUUCCUGGUUAUCAGUGUCUUACUGUGAAGAAAAUACUGGUCUUAGUUGUAAUUAAGAUACAGUGGUACAGUGUGUAAUUGAAACUAGAGUAAACUGUUGUUUUACUUACAUGUUAUCAAAACUAGCAUAACAUAAGCAAAAUAGGUACACAACACUCCAUAUAAUGUUUUGCCAGGUAAUUACCAGAAAUCUACAUGUACCAGAAUUUUAGUACUGAGUUUGUAUAGGCAAGUCCUAGUCUGGGUAAAAGGUUAUAUUAGUGUUGAUGAUAUCCACGUGAGUUGUGAUGAUGGUUUUUUUUUUUUUUUUUUUUUUAUUACUUUUUUUUCAAACCUUGCUUUCAAAAUAUUCUUGUACUUUGAAUUCGUAUGACUAGGACAUUAUGUUAGGGUAUUUAAUAUUCCCCGGUUUCCCCUAAGAUAAACUGUGUGGGAAUCGCUCCUGCGCCAUGGAUAUCACAAGUCCACGUUAGUUUUUAUUUCCCCAAAUAUCGGAAGCAUUCUUAUCAAUACCUAUUGAAGUUAGUUGGGGGAAAUAUUAACUUUAUCUACAGUGUAUUACUGUAUAUUAAACUGAAAUAGUCCAUUAAAGGAUUUUUUUACAAAUUUAUUUUGGAUUAAAAAUGUCAACACCAAUUAAGUUUUUAGACCAAGUUGUAACUUUUCAAUAGGAGGAGUGUUUAUAUCACAUUGGGACAUCUUGCAAAGCUGCAAUAAGGUGAGAAAGCGUGCCCUGGGUGAAGAUCGUGUACGUGGUGGGCUCUGGGUCCCUAGCGCCUUGUGCAGUAUCCUUUGUUUCUGUGCUGUUCUCCUGAGCAUGAACGUGAUUAUUAUCCAGUUUGUAUUUCCUUGGUACAUAUUUUAAAAACAACACAGUCAUUGACUUUACAAUUGAGAAAUAAAGUUUGGCAAAGCCUAUUUUGUAAACAAGUUAAUUUUAUAAUGUAAAAUAUAUAUAUAUAUUACUCUAACCUUGUUAUUUGCACUUUCAUAGUCUAUACUUGAUACAUUCCCACUUUAUAUACAGUAGGAUUCUACAAACGUGUAGAUGUUUGGCCAAAUGAAUGCUGUUAAUAAUAUGUAAAAUUCUUUGAUUAAACAUUUAUUACUUAAACUACUUCCAUUUUGUCUCAUUACAUUAUGGACUUUGUUUAAACUAAAUCAAGAAGCUCAUUUUCUUCAAAUUAAAUUCCCUCCAAUAUGAUGGGAUUAAUUUGGUUUUUACAUGUAAUUGAUUAGUGCCUAAUAUUUUUACAUUAGACUACCUUCUGAGCAUUUUAUACCCCAAUGAUAAACCCAAAAUCACUACCAAAUAAUGUGUUAAAACAUUGUGACUAAGAGCUUAUUUUAUUUUCACUAUAGCUUUCAGGAGAAAAUGUUGAUUUUUGCUUGAAGUCUCUAAGAAACACAUGGGAAAAAAUGAUUUUAAGAUGUGUUUUGUGAAAUUACUUAGAACAGGAGACAUUUUUUAUGCUGUAUGAAUAGAAACACCUGCUUUUCCACCCAUUUUACUAUUCCAUCUCUUCCGAGUUACCAAAAUAACCCUUGGCAUCUGAACUUGAGUGCACAUACAUAAAUUCUAGGCCACCGGCCAGUGCUUUAUGGGGUGUACCAGUGAUAAUCAUUUAAAGUCAUGUUUUAUUUAUGCCUUUCACUGCGUGGAGCUGGAGCUCAACUACCAAUGUCCAUAUGCUGGAUUAUUCUUCAAAUGUUGUUUUUUGCAGCCACUGAUCCUGUUUUGUUUUUUUUCCAAAUAUUGUCAGCUUACCUGGUAUGAAUUAAAAUCUCAGACUUACUGAAGUUUGGUCCUAAUUUAAAAACAGUUAGUGUGUCUCGGAAGAGUAAAAAAAGGUUUAAAUAUUAAAUGUAAAUGUAAAUUUGAGGGCGUUCUUUGUUGGCUGAAAUAAAAUCUCCAUAGGAAAAACGUUUUCUGGUGCUUGGCUUUCAGGCUGAGUAGUAGCUUUUUCUCAGUAUUGAUCAGUAUAUGGGCUUACUGGAUCUUCUGCUUAGCAACAAUAUAUUACUGCCUUGUCAGUGGCUCUAACCUCACCAGCAUAGAUUUCUUUCUAUAAAGAUAUAAGUAGAUCUUUCUAGACUAUAUUAUGUGACAGUCCUUAUUUUAGGAAAGAAAGAUGGACCAGAAAAAUCUCCUUUACCUCCCUGUUCCACUUAGGACUGACAGGCAACUGCCAGACUGAGUGGUGGCCAAAGUUUUGAAAGAAUUAUUCGUCUUCAGUCUUUGAAACUGUAAUGUUAAAAAUAUCUUGAUCAAGCUACAUAUCAUCUCUUAGCUAGCUAUCUCAUUAAAUAUUUACUGCAUAAGGGCCUAGCCUGUACAAGGUAUCAAUCUGCAGACAGGUUGAUAUAUAUAGAUACAUAUAUGAACAGAAGAAAAUAGGGCUCUCUGGUUUGGGGAGAGACACUCUCCUUAGACCUCCUGUGCUCCUACACAUCUUGCUGGGUGUUCUAAGACUGCAAGGCGCUGACCACAGUUUUACCUGGGUCAUUUCUCAGGCUUUAUGCAGCCGGUAACCUUGAGGACAGAGAGCAGGCUUCUUAAUUAACUGCUUGCUAUAAAAGCAGUGGAUUCCUCAUGCUUGGUGUUCCUCAGCUGCAAUACAAACCCACUGUGUGUUUGGCAUCCAUCUGGGCCCACUGCGUUCCUCCUGUGGAGCUAGGGUUAAGGGGGACUGACAAAUAGGCUGAUGUUCUUGCUGCUUCUGUGCCUCUGACUUGAAGCUUUGUGUCUCUGUCAGCAUCCAUGAAACUGUGACAGGCUGACUUACUGGUUUUUAAGUAGGGUGAAUACCAGACCUGACAGUUUUGGCAAAGAGGAUGGGAUGAUCACCGAGACAGAGACAGGAUUUUCUAGAAGAGGGACCGGGUUCAGGAGUAUGAGAAGACUACCUGGGAUCUGGUAGUAAAUGCUCCCAUCCAGGGUGAGAUGGGUAAGAGGGUGUAAGGGUUCUUCACUGCCCAACCUAUUAAUGAACAGGAGUUGAAUUAACAUUUAGAGGCUUUGUGUCAUGAGGUAGGAUUGAAACAAGCUGCCCAAAUAGUGGCUUGGUUGUCAGUUACUCUUUCAGGCAGGCAGAGCUAAGAGGUGUUUUCAUGUCAAGGUGAUAGCAAUUCCUGUGGCCCUAGCUGAAAGGCAGUGUGUCUGUGGCUGCUGAGUCAAGGAGUCCCCAAAUCUAAAAUAAAUAGUAUCAGCAAUGAGGACCUUGCAAUUGGACUAAGAGCUUUGGGUGGACAGAAAACAUUGAAGUUCAUUUGAUUGAGCUGCAAGCAGUUGCAGCACCUUUCAAAUGUGAAAGUGAAUGAAUGUAAAGCCCUGCCUAAAAGUGCAGAGCAGGCCACACUUAUGGCCCUGGCCCCUGUGGCAGCCCACUUAGGACUAGGUGCUGGGUGUAGGGGUGGCAGAAGGCCCCAGAGACUAAAAGCGGCGGUGUGUAUGGGGACAGAAAGAAAGAAACUCUGGGCCUAGUCUCUGGAUGCUGAGAGGGACCACCAUGCCACGGGAGAGGUAAUGGUGCCAGUGCUGAGGCAAAGAAGAGGAAAGGCCUAUGAUUAAGGCUCCUCCACGCAGGCUAGCCUCCCCCAACACCCUGGGCUCCCUGGGCCCAGGUUGGGAGAAAGCAUAAUCUUCUGGCACCCAUUUUCCAUUCGUUGCUGUAGCUCCUGACUCAGAUGCAUUUUAGAUUCCUUGGUCUGUGUUCCUGUAGGGGAAAAGGGACUUGGCUGUGGUUCAUAGUGGGGAGGGAAGUGAAAGUGGCCUUGCGAGUGGGACUCUGGGUGGGGUCAGUGUACUGUGUCUUCCAAAUCUGAAUGUGUCAUGGAAUUGAUGCAUUAUGUGCCUGCAUUUACCUGUCUCAGUUGUCAGUGGGGAUGCUCCCAGUCAGGCACCUCCACAUAUGCAGAGGUGAUAGUGUCUUUCCUUCCUCUAACAGCAGUACUAGGCCAGCCUACUCGACCAGCCCUUUGGGUGGCAGACUGGCCAGGUGACGUCAAAUUCAAUUCUGGAUUCUCUAAAGUAGAAAUUUUCUGUGAAGGGCUGGGAAGUUGUUGAAUGGGAAGUUCACUGAGUGGGAACAGAAUAAACCAUUAAGCUGUAUUUUCAACACCAAAUCACACUAAAAGUCCUUUAGAGCAGGGGUCAGCAAGCCUUUUCUUUAAAGGACCAGAUAAUAAAUCUUUUCAGUUUUGUGGGCCAUAUGGGCUCUAUCACAACUUCUGCUAGGGACACAUAAUAGCAUCCAUAGACAGUACAUAAAUGGGCAUAGAUGUUUUCCAAUAAAACUUUAUUUACAAAAACGGAUACUUCCAGAAAGAUGGCCUAUUGCUGAAUUCUAUUUGCUAAUAUUUUCUCAAGGAUUUUUUGCAUUUAUAGUCACGAGGAAUAUUGGUCUAUAGUUUUCUUUUUUUGUACUAUCUUUGUCUGGUUUAGGUACCAGAGUGGCUUCAUAAAUAAAUUAGGAAAUAUUCCCCUCUCUUUUAUUAUAUAAAAAGAAUUAUACACAUGACCAAGUGGGGUUUAUUCCAGGAAUGCAAGACUGGUUCAAUAUGUAAAAAUCAAUCCAUAUAAUCCAAUAUAUUAAUAGACUAAAGAAGAAAAAUCACAUCUUCAUAUCAAUUGAUACAGAAAAAGCACUUGACAGAAUUCAACACUCAUUCAUAAUAAGAACUUUCAGAAGAAAUAGGAAUAGGAGGCAACCUUCUCAACUUGGUUAAAAA